CAGAGGGAGUUUCAAAUUUUGAGCGUUAACGUUAGCUAGUUAGCCUCCGACAUGCAGUUUUAAAGGUACAACAGACAUAUCUAGUGAAGAUUUCUUAAUGGAAACUACGAAAACAUUCCAGCGUGUUUUGUUGUUUAGUUGGGCUGCCAUCGGCUGCUCUCGACUAGGGCAGGAGAACGUUUCCUAUUAAAACGGUACGCCUGACACACCAUAGAGUACAAGAGCGGUGUUGGAUCAUGACUAAGGUGGGCUCUCGGGAGCAGUGCCCUCUAGCGUCUAGUACGGACCCCGACAGCCAACCCAGCCCUCAGCCACCGCCUGCCCCGAUGGGAUACAGUAACUUACUGAGGUGCCCGGACCAAGACCUCACCCUGACUCCGGACAAGCAGGGCUCAGAGACAGGCAUCCUGAAAAGGGGGCGAGGAGGGAAGCAGACACAGCGACAGGUGCGGUUCAGUGACGACGCAAAAUCGAAGGCCACGUCAGUCAAGAAGGCUGGAGUUUCGAGGGAGGAGCCUGUCAUCGUCACGGUGAUAGCCGAGCCCCCCCGCGCUCCCACAGAAGCACGGACAGACCACAGGACUGUCAAAAGCAAAGGCAAAAAGAAUGUGAAGAAAAAGAAAGGCUCAAAAGCGAAGGUGAAGAUGACACCCCUGGAGCAGCAGCCCGAGGCCCUUGAGGAGGUGUCCGUGGGGGUACUCUGCGAGGGGGCGGAGCUGAACACCACGCUUGCGCUAAGGGCGGAGCUGGACGAGUUGGCGGAUGCGGGGUUCGACCCCAAGAAGGCGGUGCAGGAGCAGCUGAAGAAGUCAACACACACCAAGAACAACAUCGCUGUCAAAGCCACUGAAGGGGUCAACAUACCCCGCUCCCAGAAUCUCUACCGGGCACUGGUCAGUGUCAGCGUGUCAGAGGAUCAACUGAUCAGCCAGGCCCUCCAGGAUAGGCUGAUGCUCGUCCCACCCACCCGUAGCCAUAGCAACCAGGACAGUCCAGCAGAGGGCCCCAACAUCCUGGCCUUUUUCAACCCAGGGGAACUGCUCCGGGAGACUCCGCUGCUCCCAGGAGAUGAAGUGCAGCAGCCAAGGCCCCGCCCUGUGCCACGCCCCGCCCACGCAACCUUUGACCUCUACCACAGACACAGGCAGUGGGAGGCGUGACACACAGAGCCGUGGAGUGCGGCGCCGCGGGGAGUCAGUUAUGGAACCUGUCUCUGGCUGCCUGUCCAUCACAGCACUUAACAGAGACAUCAGAAGAAAAGGGUGAAAAAUUGUGGUUGCACUAACUUACUGAAGGGGCUCAAUUGAAAUGGAAUUAUUAUUAAAUUAUCAUUUACCAGUAAUCAAGAUUAAGUGGUAAAUUCAUUGGAAACUGCAACUCCAUUUUACCUAGUUUAUUAUAAAUUUUUUGGGGUGUCCCACUGGGUACGCUGACGCUGACUGUUACUCUCAUAUGGUUGAGGAAGGAGACUGACAGACCCAGGAAGAAGGGGGAUACUCUAUCAUAAGGCCUUGCAGAGAACCCUGCGUGGCGUAACAUGUAGUGUACGACCCCUCAGCAGGGUGGCGCUGUGGAGCAGGCUGCCUUUUGAACUGGAGGCUGGAAAAGUGAAUGCCGCAGCCGCAACAGUAGCACUGGCUGCAGGCCACAAAUAAAGGAGGUGGAGAACUUGCCCAUGUUUGAUAACCCUCAAGAACCUUUUAGAUCACCUCACAGUUACCAAUCCUGCUAGCUUAAAUGAAGGUCACCCAGCACCCCGAUUCCUUUGAACAGGACUGCAUAUGUAGCUUUACCUUUACACUCAAUAUGUCAAAUAAUUUCACCUGAAGCGAAAUGUUUUCAAGUGAAAACUGGUCUCCUCUAAAGUAAAAUGUAUUCCAUGUGAUGUGUUAGGUAAAACACAGGACACAGCUAAUGAAGAGGAGUCCACUGCUAAUGGUUGAUCUUUGCUUAAACUGGCAGGCUUGUUAAUGGUGGAACAUGAAACCAAAUCUGGGGUAGAACAAUUACCAGUGGUCAAGUUCUCUCUGCUUCUUGACCACAGACCCCCAAUGUUAUCCUGUGUGAACACAAAUCUUGUAGUAAA